GUUUGCUUCCAGUGCGGAGGACCUCUCGGAUUGAAAACUCCGUGCCGUACUUUACUGGCAUCGAGCAUGCUUUUGCUCUGCAACCAGCAUACGGUACGCAUAACAUACUAUGCAUCUUUUAGCACUGUCCAAAUUACAAUCGCGAAGCGUCUUCCAAAUGUUUCUUUUCCGAUUCUUCCAGCCGAAAAAACAGACGUCGCGCCAGCCAGACAAUAAACCAUUUAAAUCAGCGCAAGAGCGCGAGAAAGGGCUUCAAGCUCUCUACUUGUCGACCGUGCCGAAGGAGGGGCCUCCUCUUCCUGUGAAGCUGCCGGAAACACUUCCUCCCGGGCAUCCCUGGGCGGCUUGCUGGGAGAAGAGCGGACUUGCUGGCACGGAGAUUAUCCCUUAUCCUGUUCGCGUUGUCCGCGGCUGAGGCGACCUCUGGUGAAGAAUGGAGCUGCGAGAUACGUUGCAAGAAGACAGAAGGCGUACCCUGGCUAGUUCGCUUCGAGUGCUCAUCUCUUGCGGGACCCGGCGUCAACGUUAGUUGUACAAGCUGAGCCGAGUUCGUCAGGGCCAGGACUUUGUGGUGCAUACUCGUCUAGACGUGGGGCUGGUGGUGGGGCUGGUGCCGGCAGCCCUCAAUGACUGGGAGGGAUUCCGGUUGCUGCGCGACCCGAUUGCCAGCCAUACGAAUCGUGCACGUGCUCGCAGAUGGUUCACGCUCGCCCAUUGUUUUAAUGUUUGGCCAGACGCCUGCAGGGUCUUUGGCAGUCCGGAUGGGUAGAGGACGCGUGUGUUGGUGUUCACAAGGGAAGGUUUGAUGGUCUUGGCGUCAUGGCUGCCGUCACCUUUUCUGAGGCCAUGGCAACGAUGGUCGCUAUACCCGGUAGUACGAGAGCCACCCACGGUGGACACGGUGGAUUGCCUCAGGUCGACCUGAGCAACCCUUUGCUUGUCAGCCUCCUUCAGCGAUACCUCUCUGGCGGGAGUCCACUACUGCCACAGGCCGCACCAGCUGGUCAGCUUCGAGUCACCCAAGAAGGGCAUCAUGGUGACCAAAGCCUUCUCCAGCUCUGGGAAGCAUGACUCGUUUGGCCUAACACUGCACAACAUUGACCACGUACCGGUGACCCCGCUUGCCAGCAUCAAGCCAGGCAGUGGGCUACCGGAUUGCUACUGGUGUUUUCAGUCCAUACGGUUGUCCGUGAGGCUGACCAAUUGCAUGCCGACGUACAUCCCGGUCACUGAUGAGGUGUUCGCCUACUUCAGCCGCAAGGUGAAGGUGCCGGUGCCUGCACUGUAAGCCGCCAGGUUGCUAUGGCGAUCUUUGGUGAUCGGCUGAGCAAUGCCACCAUCUGGAGUGUUGUCCGGUUGGUGGACUCCGGCGCCUGGAAGGAGAUAUUGGUACGUGAGUGUGAGGAGAGCGAGAUCGACAGAGACAGCGACAGCAUCAGCAUCAUCAGCGACAAUGGCGACACCGCCUCCAACACUGCCACACCAGCAGCCGCAAGCGUGCAGGUGCCGUGUCUGCAGACAGCGGAGAACAUGAGACGCGGCUGCCCGGUUCGAGGCGGUGCUGGUUAUGGCGAAGGAGCUGGAGGUAGCAAUCACUGCCGCGGCAGACAAAACAUUGGCCGCUGACACUGUGCUGGAGGCCUCAUUGCCUCCCAGCGACCCGAAGGGCAGGCUGACGCGCCUAGUGCAGCUGCUGAAGGGCGUGCGCGAGUGUCCGCCAUUACGGUGGAGCGUGCCACGCAGAUAGCCCAACUGCUGUCCAGCCAUACCGUGGCCGUGCUGUAAACAUAUGCAUAAUAGCAGGCCCCCUCGGUGGGGGCCUGGCCGCGCAGCUGUGGAAUGCAACUAUAUACACCCUCCCCCCCCACCACACAGGCAUAGCGUAUAGACAAAUACAGUUGGCCGAUUGAGACGCUGGCGUGUGACGCGUGCCUACUAAGACAGCAGGGCAUAUGCGCUACGAUAUGCACAUAUAUGUCAUGCCCCUUGUGUGUUAAAAUAACUGGCCGCGAGGCGAAACGUACUGUGAUUGCCGAAAGAUGGAGUCUUCUUGUGUCUGUGUGAGUGACACAGCAGACAUGUGGGUAUUGUUGCGCUUCCCCCAACCCACACCCCUGUGGGGUGACUGUACAGGAGCUGUGCUGCUAGACUGGAGGGGAACUGUGCUGCAUGAAUGGGGUUUGUCUCUUGUGACAAACAGGGUGACCUGUGAGAUAGAAAACAGGGAGAGCCCUGCUGUGACAAACCGAGGGUUUUGGUACAGCGGACAGGGGGUGCUUGUGUGGAACUGGGCGCGCAUUGGGGGGACAUUACCCAUACCCCCUACAGCAGCGGAAUGUAGGGGGCUGUACUGCUAGACAGAUGGGAGUCGGUGCUAUCCUGACUGAGAGGUGGUCUCUGUGACAGAGAGCCAGCAAACUGGAGGAGCUCAGCUGUAGGGUCUCCCCACUGACAAACUGGGGUUCGUUUGUGUGACAAACUAUGGGAGAUUGGUGAAGCGGACAGAGAGUGCUUGUGUGUGCAACUGUGGAUGCAAGAAUGGUCUGUUGGUGGGGGAAACGUUUGUUCCCCCACACCCCUACAGCAGUGGACUGUGCAGGAGCUGUACUGCUGAACAGGGUUUUUUCUCUGUCCCAAACAAGGGGCCUCUAAGCCAGCACACUUAAUGUGCUCUGCUGGAGGUUUGUCUGUCCAACUGACUGGUGGGUAGCUGUACUGCUAUAAAGGGUUGGUCCUUUUCACAAACAGAAAGCCAGCACACUGGAGGAGCUCUGCUGUAACGAACUGUAAUUCAUCUGUACGACAAAGGGGGGAUCAUCUGUAGGACUGACUAGGGGGUAUUUGUAAAGCGGACAGAGCGUGAAUGUGUGUGGAACUGGGGUCGUAAGAAGGGUCUGUUUGUGGGAUUGAACAGGGUCUGUGGAGCGAGGUAUUUAUCGCUUUAGACAGAAAGUAAUGGUGGAGACAGACUGCGAGGAGUCGUUUUCAACAAGGAGUAGGGGGUAAAAUAUGGGUUGGUGGAAAGAGAGGCGUUGGGAAAAGGAGAGAGCGAAGUGUGAAAUGCUGGCAUUUGGGGUAUCUGGAAAAAAUGGUUUUGUAUAGAUCUUGACCUUUUGAAAUGGGGAAAGUAGCAUUGUUAGGUGAAAUAGGUGAGGUACGGAAGCUUAAAAGGGGCGAGGAAAGACGUUCGGGAG